UGACCUCGAUCGGGAGCAGCAGGACGCUAUUUUGGAGGUGUUCGACAGGCGGCGCACCAUGUUCCGGACACCCGUCCACACAGCGGCCAUGUUGCUGGAUCUCGAGUUCCGAGACCCGACGCUGAACGACGACCAGGAGGUGGGAUUGAUCGAAGCCCUGGUCCACUUCGGCUAUGUAGAGGGAUCGGUGCAGCACGAGGAGGUCCUUAAGGCGGUAUACAAGUUCCAUACAAAGGAGUCUCUUUUUGAUGAUGUCAACAUGCGGCGAUCGUUGGCAUACUACAACCACCCUGCCAGUUUUUGGUCCGCGAAGAGUGCGAAGUACCCUCACACGGCCAUCUUUGCCGGUAGGAUCCUUCGCAUCUGGGCGACUGCAUCACCAUGCGAGAGAGCAUGGUCUCGAUGGAGCUUCAUUCAUUCGAAGUCACGCAACAGGUUGGAGGUUGCUCGGGCCGAGAAGCUCGUGCGGUGCCACUGGAACCUCAGUCUCAUUGAUAGACCGUCAUUGUGUGACGAUGCUCCUGCUGACAGACCCGAUAUUUUCGGGAACUGGGUGCAUUAUUGGCAAGAUGUGGAGGAGGAGGUGGCAGUGGACGAGCAACUCGUCAGAGGUAGUGGUGCAUUGGCGACGGUGACCGAGGAGGAGUUGGCUCACGCCAGAGAGAGGAUGCGCAUCAUUUCCCGUAUGGGAGCCAUGCGUCGGGUGGCGGAGUCCGACAGGAGGCGACGCAAGGGCGGAGCAGGUGAACAUAGCGGGCGCGGGCGAGCAGGUGUCGGAGGAACGAGGCGUGGUGGCAGGACUGCUGCAUCUGGGACUCGUCGACAGCGGGCGGACGGUUUCAUCUGCAAGGCCCGCCAGCGCUGGGACGAGGGAGACUUCUUGUUCGACAGCUCAUCCAGCGACAACGAGGAUUUCUUUGCAUUGGGGACACCCGCGCCUACGGAUGAUGACAGAGGUGAUGGCGACGACAGAGGUGAUGGGCCUGAUGGCGGAGGUGGUGGCGUAAGAGGUGGCGGAGGAGGUGGCGGAGGAGGUGGCGGCGGAGGAGGUGGCGGAGGAGGUGGCAGAGGAGGUGGCGGCGGAGGUGGUGGCGGCGGAGGAGGUGGCGGAGGAGGUGGCGGAGGAGGUGGCGGCGGAGGUGGUGGCGGCGGAGGAGGUGGCGGAGGAGGUGGCGGAGGAGGUGGCGGAGGCGACGACAGAGGUGGCAGAGGCGACGACAGAGGUGCCGGAGGAGGAGGCGGAGGUGGAGGCGGAGGAGGUGACGGAGGAGGAGGCGGAGGAGGUGGCAGAGGAGGUGGCGGAGGAGGUGGCGGAGGAGGUGGCGGAGGCAACUAUGUAGGUGACGGAGGAGUUGGCGGCGACGAGGGAGGUGACGACAGAGGUCACAGAGGAGGUGGCGGCGACGCGGGAGGUGACAAGUCUGAUGACAGAGUUGAGGGGUGUGAGGGUGACUUUCCUGUGCGUGGUCGUGGGUUCUUCUUGAAGCGGUUGAGACACGGUCCUAAGGAGGAGAACAGCAUCGGCUCUCGUGUGCGCAGGCGUCGUCUUGAGACUCAUCACGAUGCGACCGCCACGGACGCACGUGUUGCGCAGCACGAGCAGGUUCUCGUGUCUGAGGACUCCCUGGGCGACACAUCGGACAAGGACUUCAUUCCUCAGACUUCCGACGUGAGGGGCGCUGAGCAUCAACCCGGUUUCGUCGAGGGCCCGACCAAGUUUGCAGCGUCGAUUUCAAUGCAGGAGGAGAGUGGAGCAGGGUUGACUUGUCCCGAGCUUGCGGCGCCCAUCGCAGAUACUGCGGUUGCACAGGAGCCCCAUCUCCAUAUGACACAACCCACGGUCGCGGUUCAUACAGAAGUUCGAGGAGGGGCAGCCAGUGAUGGGCAGACAAUUCCCGACGCUGAAGGGAAUGUGCCACCUCCUUCCACCGUCGUCUGCACGGGCGCCCACGGGGCACCCAGCGUCGCGGUCCCCUCCAUAGCCGAGGUAGCACAUCCUCCCACGACUGGCGUUGGUUUGGAGGACGGAGAGGUAGCACAUCCUCCCACGGUUGACAUUGGUUUGGAGGACGGAGAGGUAGCACAUCCUCCCACGGUUGACAUUGGUUUGGAGGACGGAGAGGUUGCACGUACUCCUAGUUGUGCCCAUGAGGGAGAGGUUGCACGUCCUGCCAUGGUCAACCACGUUGGCCUCGCCUGCCCCGCUGACAGUCUUCCGCCCACUGCGGAGUUGCUCGCCAUGGAGUCGUCGUUGUUUGAUCUUCCUGAUGUAUCGACUUUGAUUUCUCCCACUUUGGCAUUUGUGGCACCACCAGCGACUGGUCGAGCGGAUGACGCGGAUGGAGUGCGUAAAGGAUUCGACGAGUUUGUCGGCGACCCGCACCCCCAUGGCGCAGACUCUGUCGUCCACGGUGUGGCGGCGAGCACCGCAUUACCGACGGUGUCGUUUUACGACGGCGUGACCAGGGACCGGAGGGCGGGCUAUGAGGGACAUGCAUCAACAUGCGGACUGACAAAUGUGCGUGCGGGGAUGCGAUCCAUAGGCCGCGUCGAUGGUACUUCUCAUGAUUCCAUGAGAGCAUACGAGGAGCGACAUGGGAGGCCUUUGCGAUCCAAGACAACGGAUGUCCACGACACGAGGACGGCGACUGCGAGGUUAUCCCCGGCGAGGAAGAAGGGGACAGGUACAUCGAUCCCAUAUCACCGUCGCCUUCCACCACCGACUUAUCACGCCAGAGCUCCGACCACACAGAUUCCGGCGACUGGCGGGGCAGUGGCGGACGGGGGGACAGCCCAAUGCCGUUCAGGGCGAGUCGAGAAGAGAUGAGGCGAUGUGGUGAUCUACCAUGAUGACAGCUCCACAGCCGCGAAGACUUGCGAGACCACAGGCGUCGACGAUCCAGGUGACUCCGAUUACGUGCCCCGGCGC